AUGCCGUCUCGGGUGUUGUACUCGAUACGCAGCUGCUCCCGGAUCAGCCUACUCCGAAGCCAUAUACCAGCUCGAAGCUGGUACUCAACAGCUGCCGCCAGUUCAACGCCUGGCCAGCCGGAGUUAUAUGAUGUAGUCUGCGUGGGAGGGGGCCCUGCAGGGCUGAGCUUGGUCGCCGGGCUGCGCUCUUCGAAGAUCACGUCGAACCUCAAAAUCGCCCUUGUGGAAGGUCAAGAUCUGCAGAAGAACGUUUUGAAAGAUGCAUCGCCAACGAUAUACUCGAAUCGGUGCAGCUCGCUCACGCCAGCGUCCGUCAAAUAUCUCCGAGAGAUCGGAGCGUGGGACCAUAUCGACACCUCACGAGUGCAGCCAUACCAAGAGAUGCAAGUCUGGGACGGCGUGAGCGACAGCCGUAUUUCAUUCGACUGGGCCUCAGCCAGCGGUCUGGCGCUCAAGCAGCCAGUGGACCGGACCACGAUCGCUUACAUGAUAGAGAACCUCAACCUGACUACCGCCCUUCUCUCUCGCCUUUCCGAGCUCGACAGCAAACUUUCCAUAUCCUCGCCAACGCGCGUGUCCUCUGUAGAACUCGGGCAGGAGACGGAAGCCCUCGACCUGCGCUCCUGGCCUACGGUCACACUCGACAAUGGCCGUCAGCUAGCAGCGCGGCUUCUCGUAGGUGCGGAUGGCGCCAACAGCCCCGUUCGCACCUUCGCUGGCAUCCCCUCACGGGGCUGGGACUACGGCCGGCAUGGAGUGGUAGCUUCGCUACGGCUUGAAGGGCCAGGAUGGGGCGGAGAAGAGCACAAGAUUGCAUACCAGCGUUUCUUGCCAACUGGGCCAGUCGCCAUGCUACCGUUGCCAGGCAACAUGGCAACAUUGGUGUGGUCGACGGUUCCAGAGCGAGCAGCGCGGCUGAAGGCCUUAAAGGAAGAGGACUUUGUAGCGAUGGUGAAUGCGGCAUUCAGGCUCUCACCUGUGGAUCUGGAAUACUUGCAUACCAUACCCGAGGGACAGAAAGAGGAAGUGGAGUGGAGAGAGCAGCACACACCGGUUGAUGAACAGAAGAUCCCCAUGAGGGCGGUCGGAGCACAGGCGGGGAGCGUUGCGAACUUCCCGCUGAAGAUGAGGCAUGCGGAUACAUAUACCGGAGAGCGGGUUGCGCUUGUUGGCGACGCCGCUCACACCGUCCAUCCUCUCGCCGGCCAAGGUCUCAACCAAGGCCAAGCAGAUGCCGCGGCCCUCGUUCGUGUCAUCGAGACGGCAGUCAGCCAAGGCUCGGACAUCGGCUCGCAGCUCGCUCUAGAAGCCUAUACCGGCGAGCGCUGGCAGGCGAACAAUGCGCUGCUGGGUGCUGUUGACAAGCUUCACAAGCUGUACAGCUUCGGCUCUGGACCGAUAGUACCUGUAAGGAGCUGGGGGCUCUCAGCUGUGAAUGCCAUAGGGCCACUCAAGGGAUGGUUCAUGAGGCAGGCGGCUGGGACUUAG